AUGCGCCAGGUCUGCGCUCCCGGCCUCAAGGAAGCGCAAACACCGCAAGCGCAUCCCGCUCACGCUAUCCAGAGACGCCAACGAGGAAGCUCCUCCGUCUUUACUCGAGUGAGGGACACGCCCGCCGAGCCGAGUAGAAGGAGCGGGCCAGAGAAGAGGGACUGCCCCCAAUCCGUCGAAACUCUCAGCAGCCCAGCUACUCCUGCGACCCCCGCUAACAUCGUGCAGGGUCUGCCUGACUGGGCCUCCCAGAUUAACAACACAGACACAGUGGCUGCUGUGGCACAGAUCCUACAGAGUCCCCAGGGACAGCAGCUGCAGCAGCUGGUGCAGAGCCUCCAGAUGCAGCAGCAGAAGCCGCAGCCCUCCCUGCUGCAGGCCCUGGACGCAGGCCUGGUGGUGCAGCUGCAGGCUCUGACAGCCCAACUCACUGCUGCCGCUACUGCCAACAGCAUGAACCCCCUGGAGCAGAGGGUCUCCUCUUUUAAUAAGAAGCUGCUGGGUCCUUUUGAUUUUGGGAAUGAUUCUGAUCGCGGUGACGAUUCUAAAAAGGAAUCCUCGUCAUCUCAGAUGCCCAUGGUGUCCGAGCCCAGCUCCCUCUUCCAUCAGCUGGCCGAGCAGCUACAGCAGCAGAACCUGGAGCAGUUUCAGAAGCAGCUUUUAGAGCACCACCAACAGAAGGCGAUGAGCAUGGAAGGUCAGGACUCCAUCUUCGGCCAUGAGAACUCAAAUGCUCAGAGCGGCAGCCAGCAACAGCUUUCUGAACAGGACAACAAGCUGGAUGACACCAUAGACAACCAACAGCAGGUAUGCAUGACCAGUGGGACAUAA